CUUGCUUCCACCGCAAUUGCUUCUCCCAGCGUCCACCGUUGUUCGUCGGCCAUUUUUCAAGUUACCGCUUUGGGGAUUGUGAUCCAUAGUUAUUGUGCGAUUAUUUUUAACUUCGAACAUCUAUAAUUCAACAUGACCGAGGACAAGAAGGCGGGAGAAACUGAGCACAUCAACUUGAAAGUCAUGGGACAAGAUAAUGCUAUCGUGCAAUUUAAAAUUAAAAAACACACUCCUCUACGUAAACUGAUGAAUGCCUACUGCGAUCGAGCGGGGCUUGCCAUGGCAGCUGUCAGAUUUCGCUUUGAUGGACAAGCAAUAAAUGAGAGCGACACCCCCCUUACCCUAGAGAUGGAGGAAGGGGAUACUAUAGAAGUUUACCAACAACAGACCGGCGGCCAUAACUGUAAAACGACGGUGUAGUUCCCUGUGAUGUGGUGAAUUUAUAAACACUGUGUGACGCGUUACACAACGCUCAUGAUGUUUCAGUUAUUCAUUUCUGAAAAGACUAUGUAUUCAAUUUUCACAUGACGUAUUGUUUGAUAUAAUUAAAAUGUGACAUUAAAGUAUUUGCACUUUCAGAUCGGUACAAAAUUCAAAAUUAAGAAGAUUCUAUGGUGUAUAGUUAAGGUCUGAUCGAGUGUUUAUAUCUGAAAAAGUCUUUUGUAUUUACAGUUCAUUCCUUAAUAGUUGUAAGCCAUAAUGAGGUCGACACAGAUUGGAAAUGUGAACAUGAAUGUUUCCUAGUAGACUAACCAGACACCUUCACUUGUUCAACCAUUUUCCAUGUUCAUUUAUAGUGAUUGUCAAUUCAAAUUUGUAAAACUGUUUAGAAUUAAGUCUGUGUUAGUAGGAAAAAUACCGUUUCUGAUGUUUAAUUUAGCAUUAUUUGUUUUUUAGUUUAAUAAAAUAAUCUUUUGUA